UCCCACUUCGUCCACCUGAGGGCAACAGAACGGGACCCGGCGACGGAAGAGGAACUAGACGUAAACAGGAAGCACAGGGAGUGGAGGAAAACAACAUCGAACGCCAACCAAAGACGGAUCCCAAUUAAAUAUAUUUAUUCCCUACAAAUAGCGUCGUUCAAUCUGUAAAUAAUUUGUUUUGGUUGCUACAAGUUAUGUCGGGGUCAGCGAAUACCACCGACGGGAUGUCGAAUCCUCAGUUAUUCCAGCAGAUGGCCUUCCUGAACUGGCUCUCAACACAGAGUGACAGCAGUAGAGAAACCCUGAUGACCUUGACCGGCAUCGGUGUGGCCAGAGAGCUGUUCAACCGCCUCACAGGACAGGACAGAGUGGACUACUUUAAGAAAGAAUGUAUCCGGAGCAUUGCAGAGUUUGUCCAGACACAUCCGCGGGCGUCUGAGCCCGAGCUCAGCGCUGAGGUGAACAAGAACGUUCUGCUGUUCGCUGCGCGGGUGAAAGCACUGGAGUCCGCGCCAAUAUUCUGAAACACGCACAAACAUAUACACAUCUCGUACAGCCCAUCGUGCGGCAUAUAAACAAAUAUGAUUUUUUUUUUGUUAUUUGUUCCUUUUCCAAGAACAGGAUUACAGCUGAAAAUGUAUUUCAAAUAACUCUGUUGAUCCAGGCAACUACCCAGCCGCGUUGGUAGGAAGUGGCAGAAUACGGCAGUGUCUAAAUUCCAUCAAUGUACCUUUUUAUGCCAUUGAAAAUAUAUUUUCUGACCCCACUGAGAUUUGCUGUUCUGCUGGUUUAUGCCCAUUGCUUAACCCCUUUUACUGUUGCACGAGCCCCAGUAUUGAUCUGCUGUUUCCCAGUAAAAUCUCAUGCUAGACGGUGGAUUAUUUACAUUGAUACCGCGAGGGCUGAAGGGAUUUUUGUGCUUAUCCACAAUGUCGAAGCAACGCAGGUCAGAGUCAGAUGCGGCACGGCGCGCACAUUAGUGUCUGUGCAUGGUCAUAGCCUGUGCAUCUCGGCCCCCAUGCAGCAAUCUGUAUCGGCGUACAAAGGAAAUUCAGGAUGGAACAAUGAUAGUACGACAGGACCAACGUAUCUUGGAUGAGGGGAACAACCUCGACCACUUUUCCAAAAGGACGGCUUAACUGCUCAAUAAAAAUAAGCCAAACUCAGACUUGGUGUUGGACAUGAGAGGCACUCUCAAACUGUUGUGGAAGAAUUAAGCAGAGUAUAUCAAUUAGAUCAGUUUAAGUAGCAUUAAAUAUUUCAAUUUUUAUUUCAAAUGGUUGACCCAAGUAUUGAAAUAUUUGUUAAUUUGAAUUUUUCUUUGUUCUGAAAUAGUUGUAAUCUAUUACUAUCGUGUAAUGCAGAAUAAUGUGAGUCGGGUUUUGUGAUUCUUUGCAUAUGAACGGUAGGGCUUUUAUCCAUAAAAAUUGUUGCGAAUGUUCAUAAUGUAAAGUGAAAUAAACAUUCUCAAAAAGAGUAACACCUCUA